GGUGAUGUUGGUGGGCUCCGCCACGCCUCCUGCGAUCUGUGGAAUUUCGUGUGUAUGGAAGCUGGAAAAUGACAGGCGGGAAGGUGGAUUUUGCUCUAAUUAAAGAAACCACGCGGAUAGAAUUGGUCAAACUGCUGGAUAGUAUUCCUGGCUCUAAGGCUAUUGUGUGGGAUGAAAAACUUGCUGGAACCUUCAGUUAUGUUGCUGAUUAUGCCUUUCUACGAACACACGAUGUUUGCAAGAUGUUUUACAUUACAUCCAGUAAGCUUCCUCCAAACAACGUUGCCCACAUCAUCUUUCUUGCUCGACCUCACACACAGAUAAUGGACCUAAUCAACCAGCAGCUGAGAAUGGAAGAUCUUCAGGGAAAUGCAAAGAAGGACUACCAUCUAUGGUUAGUGCCACGGAUCUCUCUCCUGUGUGAGCGCAGACUACAAGAACAUGGCGUGCGGGGAUCCUUUGCAUCUGUAAAGGAGUUGCCGCUCUUACUUUUUCGAUUGGAGUCUGAUCUGGUAUCGAUGGAACUACCUCUCUGUUAUCGGGACUUGCAGUUGGAUAGUGACCCCACAAGUCUCUUCUUAGUAGCUCAAGCUCUUAUGACCAUUCAAGGUAUCUUUGGUCUUAUUCCCAACAUUUAUGGCAAAGGUCCAGCAGCCAAACAAAUAUAUGACUUGAUGGUACAAAUGAGGCGAGAGAUGGGUGGAAAUGAACCACAGGUGACCCCUCAGAUAGAUCAACUAAUCCUCAUUGAUCGUUCUGUAGAUCUGAUCACACCUUUGGCAACACAGCUAACAUAUGAUGGCUUAAUAGACCAAUUUUAUGGGAUCAUUAAUAGUACUGUGAAAUUGCCUGGUGAGAAAUUUGCACAGACUAGCGCUGAGAGUAAUCCGCCUGAUAACUCAUCAUUCCUGGAAAUCCAAACAGUACAACUGUUCUCCUCAGAAGUACUUUAUGCAGAGAUCAGGGACUGCAACUUCUCAGCAGUGGGACCACGUCUCUCUCGGCAUGCUAAGUCUGUAGUGGCUCAGUAUGAGGAACGCCACGCUGCAAAAACUGUGGGAGAAUUAAAGCAGUUUGUCCAAAAGAUUCCUCAAAUGGAGGUUUACAAGCAAUCUGUAGCUACACAUACAACAAUUGCUGAACUGAUUCAGGAACAAAUAGCGUUAGACAUUUUCCGACCUGCAUUGCAGAUGGAGCAAGAAUUUUUGAAAGGACUUGAAACUGAUAAGAUAAGUCCUUUCAUAGAAGACUGCAUUGCACAAAAGAAAUCCUUGAAUACAGUGUUGAGAUUGAUAUGCCUCCAGUGUAUUGUGAACAGUGGGUUCAAGCCCAAGGUUUUGGAGCACUACAAGAGAGAUAUACUACACACUUAUGGAUUUGAACAUUUCCUCACCCUAGAGAACUUGGAAAAAGCUGGUCUCCUGUACGUUCAGCAAGGACGCAGCACGUAUGCUACAAUCCGCAAGACUAUGCAGCUUACAGUGGACGAUGUCAGUGAGCAUGAUCCCACUGAUAUGUCUUAUGUUCACUCUGGGUACGCUCCACUGAGUGCACGACUGGUGGAGUUUCUGCAGUGGCCAGGAUGGCGGGCAAUCACUGGCGUCCUUCAGCUUCUUCCGGGAACAACCCUCACCGAGACGCAACAAUUGCCUAGUGCCCUCAGGCAGAGAAGAGGUUCAGGAGGCUCUGUGCAAAGUGGAAGUGAAGGUGGGACAGCUUUAGUGUUUUUCAUUGGGGGCUGCACCUACUCCGAGAUUGCUGCGCUCCGCUUCUUAACAUCUAGGGUUGAUCAAGGUGGACCAGAGUAUGUCAUUGCAACAACAAAGAUCAUCAAUGGAAAUUCAUUUCUUCAGUCUCUAUCUGAGGAGCUUGUCCCAUAAUUUUCUCUACGAAGAAUGAUUUUUCCAUUUUUAAAAUAUGAUACCAAGGAGGCGAGGGAUGAUCGAGGUAAACCUAUGUUAGCUGUUUAUUUUCUUUCGAACUAUAUCAUUUGAGAUCUGUGUCAGGUUACACUGGCACACUUUUCACCAGAAUAAUUUAUUGUGUGUGUUUUAGGAAAAUACAAAUGUAUUAAUGUAAUAAUUAAAUUAAAUGUGAUCUAAAGAUUUAUGAGAUUUCAACUAAUUUUUGUAUUGUAAUGCAAAGGAGUACUAUAUAUAAUUAUAAAAUAUUAACUGAAACAAAGAUGUGAAAGCUGUAGUUAUAAUUUUUAACAAUGGUGCUUUCAGUGCACAUGUACAAAAAAGAGUGACUACCAGUAUACUUGUUAAUUAUG